GAUUGCGAGAUGACGAAGCAGAUCUGGAGCAGUUGCGCCGACGUCAUCAUGAAGAAGGAUGCAAAGCCAACUCCCUCCUUCAGCAAGGGGAGAGAAUGCAGCGCGUGCUGCCCUGGUGGUAUUUGUGGCCACUGCAAGGAGUGCCGAGACAAGAAGACAGGAGACUGCGAGAAGUGCUGGACUGCUCAGCCCUGGUGGGGCGGCCGCACUUUCUGGACUCCCCGAUCGAAGGCACUCCAGUGCCUAGGCGGAGUGGAGGAGGACUACACGGCCGACCAGGAGCUCAAGCCGGCGUGGUCGCCAGGCUGCGAGAAGUGCUGGGAUGAUCCCAAGGGUUGUGAGGCCCAUGUUCGUGGCGUCGACCGGGGACUCAUCACAAAGGCGGACUGGACAAAGGAUCUCAUGUUCUACGGCGUCAUCACCCUGGCCAUCAUCGCCGGCGGGCUUAGCCUGCUGCUCUUGGUGAAU